AUGAGGGUCGUGCUAAGUGCCGCGGUGGUUCUCGCCCUGGCCACCCCCGGCCUGCCCGCAGGCUACUUGCCCAAGUGGAAGAAGCAGGCGUGCGCGUUGCCGGGCGCGGCGAGCGAGCACAGCCACUACGUGUGCGACGAGGCGGGCGAGCCGCGCUGCCUGCCCGGCUGGCAGGGCGACCUCUGCGACGUGCCCAUCUGCAAGAAGGGCUGCGACCCGCUGCAAGGGUACUGCAAGCGGCCGGGCGAGUGUCGCUGCAAGCUGGGCUACUACGGCGAGCGCUGCAGCAAGUGCAUCCCGCUGCCGGGCUGCCAGCACGGCUCCUGCAACCAGCCCUUCGAGUGCGUCUGCAAGGAGGGCUGGGACGGACUCUUCUGCUCUGAACCGAUCUGCCGGGCGGAGUGCCACGCGACGCGCGGCUACUGCGAGGCGCCGGGCGAGUGCCGCUGCCGGCUGGGCUGGGCGGGGCCCACGUGCCGCGCGUGCCAGCCGCUGCCGGGCUGCCAGCACGGCGGCUGCGCCAAGCCGCUGGAGUGCCGCUGCGAGCCCGGCUACACGGGGCUGCUGUGCCAGACGCCGCUGUGCGCGCCCGGCUGCCACGCCGAGCGCGGCUCGUGCCGCCGGCCCGGCGAGUGCCGCUGCCGCGUGGGCUGGACCGGCGAGCACUGCGACACCUGCCACGUGUACCCCGGCUGCCGCCACGGCAGCUGCCGCAAGCCCUGGGAGUGCAACUGCGAGCCCGGCUGGGGCGGCAUGCUCUGCGACGAAGAGCUGAACUACUGCGAGAAGAACCCAGACACGUGCCUGAACGGCGGCAAGUGCCAGUCGCUGGAGGCGGGCGACGGGCUCUACCGCUGCGCCUGCCCCGCCGGCGUCAGCGGCCGCCGCUGCGAGCUGCUGCCCGACCACGCCAACACCACCACCACCACCGCCACCGCCAGCCCCGCGCCCACCACCACCACCGCCGCCACCACCGAGCCCAGCAGCGGAGACAACGAGACCGAGUGA